CUAGUAAAAGUUCUCAAAUGUUGUUAAAACUAUUCAAUGUUUUAACAAUAGCACUGUUGAUAAAUUUUGUAAAUGUACAACAAGUCUUCGACAAUGGAUACUCUAUGGAAAAAGAAACCCCAAUAUCGGUGGAGGACUUAAUUCUGCAGCAGCGUUAUCCCUUAGAAGUGCACACGACCAGAACCAAAGAUGGAUACUUCUUGAAGAUGCACAGGAUAUCACAUUCGAAACGUUCUCCUGAGCGAGGAAACAAGCCUGCUGUUUUACUGAUGCAUGGUUUGAUGUUGAGUUCGGCUGAUUGGGUCCUCAUGGGGGCUGAGAAAGGACUAGGUUACAUUCUUGCGGAUGCCGGAUAUGAUGUCUGGAUGGGAAAUGCAAGAGGAAAUAUACAUUCGAGGGAGCACGAAGUGUACAAUCCAAAUGCUCCUGAAUAUUGGCAAUUUAGUUGGCACGAAAUGGGGGUCUACGAUCUUCCUGCAAUGAUUGAUCACAUUCUUAACGUAACUGGAGAAACAGGAGUCCACUACGUAGGGUACUCUCAGGGUUGUACUGUAUUUUUUGUAAUGGGUGCAGAGCGUCCUGAAUACAACAAAAAAAUUAGAUCCAUGCAAGCCUUAGGACCUGCAGCCUUUUUAUCCAACACCACCAGUCCGGUGAUAAGAUUUAGUUUACCGAUGAUGGACACCUUGGAAUGGGCAUCAGAUUGGUUAGGAAUGCACGAAUUUAUGCCAAACUGGGCAAUGAAAUUCAUUUCAACGAUGGGUAAGAUGUUCUGCGAUGACCAGUCCUUGACACAGGAUCUUUGCUUGCAAGUGUUCUUCUCUUCGGGAGCCUUUACUUCCAAACAUUUAAAUUCAACAAUGUUACCAAAAAUUUUAUCAUAUAUGCCUGCUGGUGCUUCUGUGAGGCAAAUGUUGCAUUUUGGACAACCGGACAUAAUAAAGCGUCACGGAUAUCCUGCGGAAGCGCAUGUCGUCCAGACGGAAGACGGUUACCUGCUGACGGUGCAUCGGAUCAGGUGCGGCAAUAGCAGGCAACCAGUCCUCCUCCAACAUGGCCUACUAGGAUGCUCUGCCGAUUGGAUCAUUCCAGGACCAGAAAAAGCCUUAGCUUACAGAUUGGCUGAUUCAGGAUACGAUGUCUGGUUAGGAAAUGCAAGAGGAAACACCUAUUCGAAGAACCAUGUCUCUUACAGUGUUGAAGAUGAUAACUUUUGGGAAUUCAGUUGGCACGAAAUGGGAUACUACGACAUCCCUGCAGUCGUCGACUACAUCAACAAAGUCAGGAACAUGGAAGGAAGACUUCUUUACGUCGGUCAUUCUAUGGGUACAACAAUGGCCUUUGUGAUGUUGAGCAGUCGUCCAGAAUUCAACUCCAAACUCAAAGCAGCUUUUACCUUGGCACCAGUUGCCUAUAUGGGACACGUCAAGAGUCCAAUCAGACUUUUAGCACCAAUGUCAAGAAACUUAGAGUUUAUCAUCCGUCUCCUCGGUGCCAACCAAUUUCUGCCCCAGAACAAGUUGCUAAAACUUCUUGCCAAGUAUGGUUGCGAAGCAACGAGAGCUGAGAAGAUUAUUUGUGAAAAUACUGUAUUCAUUUUUUGUGGUUUUGAUGCUGCUCAAUUCAACAGCACUUUGCUGCCUGUUAUCAUUGGACAUACACCUGCAGGCACCAGCACCAAGACUGUUAUACAUUAUGCACAGGAGAUAAAUAGCGGUGGUUGGUUCAGACAUUAUGACUACGGAGUUGCCGAGAACAGGAGAAGGUACAACCAGGCUACUCCUCCGCCUUAUAAUUUAUCAGCCAUCACCUUGCCUAUUGCAUUGCAUUAUUCGGACAAUGACUGGUUGGCUGGACCACAGGAUGUGAAACGUCUCUACGGUCAAUUAGGAGAAUCAGCAAUGGGCAUGUUCAGGGUCCCCUUCAAGCAAUUCAACCACAUCGACUUCCUCUGGGGCAUGGAUGCACCAACACUGCUUUACGAUACUUUACUAAAACAAAUGAGAGAGUAUAAAUGA